AUGUCAGAACGGAUAUCACGUCUGAAGGCGAAGUUACUGGGACGAUUAUCUCCAAAAGCGGAUGCGGAUCCGAGUGCCCACUCUAACCAAAAAACCCCCUCGCGCCCUCUCGACUCCAACGGAUCCGCCGCUGACAGCAUCGCAUCUUCAAACCAUUUGGACGAGGUCGGUUCUUCUCGCGACCGUCAAGUGGAGGAACCCCUAUCCCCAGGGACAAACCAGGAGCUAGAUUCUUCCGUGUCUGCGCCUUCGGAACAACCUCAUCACACAGGAACUCGCAAUUGUACGCCGUCGACCGAGCCAUACAAUUCUUCGUUGCCGACUCCUAUCUCGGUCGAUCUUCCGUCUCCUCUUGAAACCCCUCCGUUAUCGACUCCUCAGCAUUCCGAUAGCACCUCCUUCCAAUCCACCCACUUGAAAGCUCAAACUCCAAUCCUAGCCGGGACUCCAUUGACUCCAACUCUGAAUACUGUUGUCGAGUGGCCUACGAAUGAUCGCCGACCUUCUACCUCCUACUUUCCUCCUCCCUCAAGCAAGCGCCCGAGCCUUGCGAUCCGUCGUCAAUCUCUUCUCCCAGCGACACACCAACACUUGAUUAGCGGGCUACUGGAGCCGAGCCUUUUCUCUUCGGGUGACCAGGGCAGUGCUUUCACUCCCCUUGUUCCUCAAGAGAUGGUCACACGUCGGGUUUGGGUCAAACGACCCGGUGGCUCGGCCACCUUGGUGCCAUGCAGAGACGAUGCGGUGGUGGAUGAGUUACGCGACCAAGUUAUUAUGAAAUACGGGAACUCCUUAGGGAGAACCUUCGACUCGCCCGAUAUCGCCAUCCGGGUUUCGCCACGAGAGGGUAAUCGACCAGGCCACACUGAGCGGCUCUUAAGCCCGGAGGAAGCCCUGUCAUCUAUACUCGAUGCAUACUACCCUGGCGGACAAAAAGUCGAGGAAGCAUUGGUGAUCGAUGCGCCCUCACGGCGGACCCCAAAGCCAUCGCCGCGCCAUUCAAUCUACCAGCACCACCAUUCGGAACCCGGCGAGCAUGGCGAUUACUUCCCUCUCAUGCCGCCGGUUAAUGCGAACGCGGGCACACCCUCUGCACACUCGGGAUCUGCAUCAGGAGCGGCUACUGCGCCGUCAAUUUCAAUUCUCAACACUGGCGUUGCUCCUCUACUGCCAUCCCCAGGAAGCCGUAGGGCACGGCAUCAGCAACGUCCUCCGUUGACAAGACACAAAACAAAUUCUCCCACUAUUAUUCACAACCAAAACUCCCAGACUCCUGGCAUAACAGAAACCGGCGCUACUCCUCAUUCCCAACCUAUCCCGCCUCCCUCCGCUCCCGCAGUGCCUACGCCCCCGGUGGCAGCACCGCCGGUAGAAUCUCCGCAGGUGAAAUCACACACUCCCCCUGCAACUGGGUCACCACGUGUGGCCCGAAAAUCAAAAGCAGCCACUUCUCCUGGUGCCAUGUUUGGCGGGUUGAUUGACGGCACUGUUCCGCCAAUAAAUGUCCUCAUCGUGGAAGACAACAUCAUCAACCAGAAGCUUUUGGAGGCCUUCAUGAAAAGGCUGAAAGUGCGCUGGAAAUGUGCAAUGAACGGCGAGGAAGCAGUGCGGAAAUGGCGACAAGGUGGAUUCCAUUUGGUCUUGAUGGACAUCCAGCUGCCUGUGAUGAACGGUCUGGAAGCCACCAAGGAGAUCCGACGCCUGGAGCGCUUAAAUGGCAUUGGUGUCUUCCCGAAAACAGCCUCUGGACGCUUCAGCGCGUCCAAUACGUCUCCUGCGGACAGAAGACCCGGUCUUCACCGUACGGUCAGUGAAGAGGACACUUUGUCAGAUCUCUCACUGUUCCGGAGUCCAGUCAUUAUCGUCGCGUUGACAGCUAGCAGUCUGCAAAGUGACCGACAUGAGGCAUUAGCUGCUGGCUGCAACGAUUUCCUGACCAAGCCUGUCGGAUUCCCUUGGCUUGAGCAGAAAGUGACAGAAUGGGGCUGUAUGCAAGCCCUAAUUGACUUUGAAGGCUGGCGCAAAUGGCGAGGGUUCUUGGACUCCCCUCGCCCCGCCUCGCCAGCUGUUAGUACAUCAGCCAGCCCGAUGCAGGGUGGCUACCGCAAAGAACCACCACAGGUGGAUCCCCCAUCGCCCUCGAGCUCCCGCCCCGCCAACAAGCCCGAUCAUCACGAACCCAAGCCAAACCUGCCAGAUGUCGCGCAAAUCGUGCGGGAAGAUUCAUGGGGUAGCGGCAGUCCUGACAGCAUAGAUUCGCUCUCGAGUCCACAGUUUCCAACACCGGGUGAUAUCGCCCCGACCAGUGUGACGGCCGCGCCCCGGGGUGAAAAAUGA